AUGGGCAGCGAAGGUUCCUUGGAGCCAGAGCGUCACGGAGUGUCAAGUGCAGAAUUGUACCAGCUGAUCCGAAGGUUGCAUCAGACAGUCCUUUGUCUUGAGAACAAAGUUGCAGGAUUGUUUGCUGCGGACGCCAGUGACUCUGAUAGUCAUCUGUCCUUCAUUGACAUCAGUUGCAUUUGGAACUUUCCGAACAUUCUGCCCGUCCUCUGGGGCUUCCGUGACGCUCCACCCCGGGCACGCCUGCUGGAGCCGUCAGGUGACAUAUCCUUCGAUCAGGUCGAGGGCAUCCAGCCUGGCUCAAUUUUCCAGGUGGCGGGCAUCAGUCGGGAUGGACCCUGUCGCUUGCCCGACACCGGUUGUUGCCUGUGGCUUGUGUCACUCCAGGUCUUGCCGAAGGUUGCCACGCACAGCCUUAAGGCUACCCUUCUGAGCUUCAUGGCAAAGGCAGCUGCGCCCGAGAACUUCAGGUCCAUUGCGAGAUAUCACCUCAGGUCGGCGAACUCUUCCACUCUUGAGUACUCUCGGGAUUCGAUGGCGCCGUCUUUGCAUUUUCUUGAGGGCAUCUUCAUUGCUAUCGAGGGUGGCAUUUUCUCCCCGGAUUCAACUAGGGCCGGACGUUGGACAGGGGGCAUUCGAUCCAUUGAGGAGGCGCUUCGAUUCCUGUCUGGGGUUCAGCCGAGUCCCCCCGACGAUCGUCCAAACCCGGUGGACGUGCCGGAUAAUGACCCAGGAGACCAGUCGGAGCCUGAGUCCGCUGCUGAAAGUAUCGGAACGGAGGGCGAGGCUGAUGAAGCUGUUGUAUCCGCUUAUUUCUUGGGUGAGGAGUUGAGCGUCUCGGCUGAGGCCCGAAAUUUUGUCAAGUGUUUCAGGCAUCGUAUGAGUGGGGUUGUCCAUGCGGCUCGGGAUGGCCAGCCUGCUGAUGAGGGCGAGAUGACCGUCUUCAGAUGUGGACGUUUUGCGAACCGUAAUUAUGAGGAGCUCGAUGCGACUCUGGCCGCUGAGGUGGAAAAUCGAAAUGGGAUGCUCACGGUGACAGUUCAUGACACAUGGCUUUAUGUGAUGCAGUUUUCCGCUCCUGAGCGCAUCCAGGUGUCCAUGCACGGUGAACAUGGAGUCGACAUGUCCGCCAUCGAUAGCGAGGCUGUGUUCUUGUCGAAGUGCACUCAGCUGGGACUGCCCGAGGAGCAUCAGGCGAAACUUAGGCGGCUCCACUUUGAGGCAUAUGCUUUGACAGCUGCUGAGCUGAAGCGGACGGCCGAGUCCACGGAGUCUGACCAACCGCGUAAGGUCCCGACGGCAGAGCUCGCUGCGCGCUAUGAUGUGUUGCAAAGGCGCGUAAAGCCUCUCCGCCUUGUUGACCGCUUGGAGCCUUCGCAUUCACUUGUGAACCUGUCUGCCCAAAUGCUUGAGGAUCAGAGGGUGCGCUACAUCGAGUGGUCGAAGUGUACUAGCCGUGCCCAGGAAAUAAAUCUUGUGAAGGAGGACGCUAGCUUGAAGCUGCUUCAGGGUGGCCGCUCCGGAUCCGUCAAGCUUGUGGACCCCGGGUCCAAAAUCACUGCUGACACUAAGUCUGACCUUGAGGUGAUGCAGGCCUUGCGUCGCAGAGGUGUGGCAUACGAACUUGCAGCCAUCAUGUCGUUUGAGAAACACGAGGAAUUGAUUGACCGACUCUUUAUGGAAUACCAAUGGGAGCCUAUGCCUGGUUUCCAUCCGAUCUCCUUCGCUCAGCUCCAGGCCGCGGACAGGGAGGUGCAUGUUCGUAUGGGCGAGCUCACGCGGGCCGGGCUUGUGUCGGGGGCGGAUGGCUCCUUGCCGCUUGAUGGCCCGGUGUCUCAGGUGUUGGCUGGUUCCCACAUCCAGUGGAUGCUGAUGCCCCGUCAGAAGGGGUCCGGUCCCUUGGGCAGCUCCGGCGCUGGUGAGGCUAAUGAGAAGCCCGACAAGCCACCGCGCAAGCCGCCUAAAAAGACUGAUCCGUCGAAGGCGACGGAUAAGGAUCAGGGCGCCGAUAAGAAUCAGAAGGCUGAUUCCGGUGCAUCGCCGAAUGCGGCUGAGCGACCUGGCAAGCAACGGAAAACUCGCUUCGUCAUGCCAAAGGCGCUCAUCGGUCAGGUGCAGAGUGCAACCAAUGUGCAUGACACGGCCAACAGCCAUUUGGGCAAUGAUCGUGAUACGAAUGCGGAAAUUUUUGCUGCCACCUUGAUCGGCAGAGUCGAUGCGGGGGGCAUUCGUCGUCUUUUGGAGCUGCUUCCCUCGGAGGCGCCAUCGCGCGGUUCGCGUGAGGUGGGCCGUGGGUCCGAAUUUUCUUUCACCACAGGUGCUUACACUUAUGAUCAUGGCAAGCGGCAUGGUCUUCGCCAACAUUGCCGCGACUUUCCGAUGUCCACUAAGGUUCUGAAUGAGUUUAUGCGCUCUCAAGCGCCAGGCGCCAGCUACACAACACUGGCCUUGUUUCGCGAUCUUGAGACCAGGGUCCACUCAGAUCACGGAAAUGAUCCUGGCCUGAUGAAUACCAUCCUGAAGGUUUCUGACUUUAGCAGCGGCGGCCUCUGGGUCGAGACGGCCGGCGGUGAGGUCCCGUGCCCGCUUCCGCAUCACAACCAAAGACUGGGUAAGGUUAUCGAGUUUGUCGAUGGUGCAUUGAGCUUCGAUGCCCAGCAGCCGCACUGCGUUAUGCCGUGGUCUCGCGGGCCCCGCGUGGUUCUUGUGGCAUUUACUGUACGGAAUUGGGCAAACUUGCGUCGUGCAGACUUGACCGAGUUGUCACAACUGGGUUUUCGGUUGCCUAGCUUGGAAACUGACGCAACGGCCGGUCCCGCGUCUGCCUCUAAGGGUCUCCCUAGUCCUGAGGUUUUCCCUUUUCCGCCACCGGCACCGUUUUCUGCGGUGGCCGGCCCGCCUGUCACCUUGUCUCCUCCUGCAGCAGUCUCCUUGACUGUGCCUGCGGCCGCGGAUCAUCCCGAUUUAGGCGAAUCGACCGUGGUACGUGAUGGGACUGCAGUUGCGCAACCUUCCUUCAUUGAGCUGUUCUGUGGUUCCGCUGGCCUUUCGGCCGAAGUGCGCAAACUUGGGUUUCGCGUGUUGGGGGCGGAUCACAAGCCCACCGCAAAGCACGCAAAUGCACCUUUUGUCAGCUUGGACUUGCGCGACCCUGAGCAGCAGGAUCGCAUCUGGGUCGAGUUGCGCCGAGCUCAGGCAGUGUGGAUUGACUUGCAUUCUGCGUUGGUGAGCCUGUGCCUUUCACUUUUCGAAAGCUGCGACUGUGACCUGUGGAUGCAAGGGGCAUAUUCCGGAACAGGGGACGUCUACGAAUCCUGCACAGGACUUCUGGCCGCGGCCUGGAUCUCGGUUUUCUCAGCAGCAGACUGGUUAUUCACAUCUGGCUCAGUCAUCUGGAUUUCCGUUGUGCUCUCAGCUGGAACAGGGUCCUUUGCCUUCUUCGUCUACAGGACAGGGUGCAGGCGUAGUGCAGACAGCUCCGUGUUCGUCACAGUAUUGCCAUUGACAGAUCACAGGGCACAGGGCAUACAGCAGAGCAUCUUGCACGUGGAUCAGUCGUCUGAACCUCUACUGUGCUCUUCGCAGGAACAGGGUCCUACAUUGCCUCCCAGGGAGCAAAGUGCACGGGUGUACAAUUCAAAUUUGGACCAGUCGUCUGGAUUUCCUUUGUGCUCUCAGCCGGAACAGGGUCCUUCGUUAUUCUCCGCGGGCCAGGAACUGACCUACGAAGACUAUUGUGAUCAGGUCGUAUUGCAGGGUUCUUACAGUCAGACACAGCCAUCAGGCCUUCCUUUGUACACGCAGCGGGAGCAGGGUCAGCUGGCGAUUUCUGGACACGAUUUACCCACAGGGCGCUUGGAGUGGACAACGGAGCAGUAUCUUCUGGCUAUUCGGCGUGCGGGGGCAUUGGCAUAUUUGAGGCAUCUCCUGGAACAGGGUUGGCCAGCACAGGACGCCAAGACCUAUAUUUUGUUGGCUUUUCGUGGUCGGGUUAACGCAGUUCUACCUGGAGCGCUGAUUGCCAACUUGCUUCGAUUGCUUCCAGCGCAGUCACAAGAGUAUUUCCAUCAGGAACUUCUGCACGUGCACCACAAGCACCACAACUCUCAGGUUUUGGCCGCCUUUCUGCAGCAGCGCGCUGCCGGGCGACUGAUAUUGAUCGAGCAGGGCACACCGAUUGUCGCCUUCAGGAUGUCUUUGAGUACAUUUCACAACAUGACGGUGCUUUAUGACUCGACUUUAUUUCAACACUUCUCCACGGAAGACACCACGGGAGCGAAGCUAGCCAAUGGGCACAGGAAAUGGAAGGCCAAUGGACAAACGACCUAUCGAGGCAAGCUCGUCACCAAUGCCGAUAUUGGGAUGCCUGGACAGUCCUAUUCCACUCAGGAUCACUGCCCACUGCUUGAGUCUUUUGUUCAGCCGCUCCGCAAGGGUCAACUAUCGGUAUCAACUUUGAAUUUGGGUGGUUUCUCGAAGGCAGGCUUCGAUGAGUUUCAGACUUGGUUGCACUCUGACAAUGUGGUAUCUCAUGUCCACAUCAUCUGCCUGCAAGAAACAUGGAGACCGUCCUCAGAAUUCACUAGUUCGGCGUGGCACUGGGUGCAGUCUGGUCUCCUGAAAUCACAGCAUCAGGGAGUUGCGGUGCUCAUCAACAAGAGUCUCGCAUCGGCCGGCUGCAUCCGUUUUGCUGAGGUUAUCAAGGGUCGUUUGUUGAAGGUCCAGCUUGCUGCUGACGCUACUCACCACCUACGGCGCAAACCCAUCACCAUCUUCAGCAUCUACCAGCAUGCCAAGGUUUCCGAACAGGCUGCUGUCUACGAGAAACGUGAACGCUUAUGGGAACACAUCAACAAGGCCUUUGCCUCCGUUCCAGGCAGACACCUGUUCAUCGCGGGUGGUGAUUUUAAUACCCCGCUUUCGUCGUCGGAGUCUCAUGUUGGUGCGGGCACAGUGAAGUCAACGGUCGUCCCUCGCGACUCGGACCGGUUCGCUUCACUUUUGGUUGAUCAUGGCCUAACCGCGCUGAACACCUGGAGGUCUCCGCAGGCUACGUACCUUGAUGACAGUGGUGGCACUCAGAGCACCAAAGGCACGCAGAUUGAUUUCUUGUUGGCACGUACACGUCAGGCGGGUCGAACCGGACGGGCUGCUCAGGCGCUUCCGCAUAUACAUCUGGCCUCCUGGCGCAAUGGUGCCCGACAUGUUCCCGUGGCGGCGCUCUUCACAGACACCCGUGCAGAAUGUAAGCGCGGUCCGCAGGCUGAACGGCUUCAUCUGUCUAGGGAUCACAUGGUUGAGUGUCUCAGACACUCUGACGAACACCGUGAUCGGUUCUGCGCUGAAGUACAAUGCCGGCUGAACAGGACGUGUUCCACUGAAUCUCGGGACUAUCUUCCACCAUGCAAAGUUGAUGCCAUUCUGCGAGAUGUAUCUCACGAGCUCUUUGCUAAGAAACGGGUGGAUUAUGUCAAGCCUUGGCAAUCUUCCGAAGUUCAACUCUCUCUCAAGGGUAUUUGGACUCAACGGGCACAGUUGCGGCAACAGCAGCGAUCAGCGAGGGCCUGUGUCGUUUUAUUGCAUCUUCUACCUCCCGCCUCGGACGGGGCACUUAUGCCCGUCUCCUCUUCCGGUUCAAUUGCGGACCACUGCCUCCGUGGGAUCUUCGGUCUAUGGCGUGCUGCUACCCAUUCUUUCCACAAGCAAGUUCGAGCAUUGCAGCGCACCAGUGUGCAACAGCGGAGGGCGCGAUGGGAUAGUCAGUUGGCUGAGGCAGAAUCGGCUCUCAAAUCAGGGGCCACGCAUCACUUCUAUGCCACUGUUAAGCGACUUGCUCCACGUCAACAGCCCGGGCGAGUUCAGUUGCGUACGCAAGAGGGUGAUCUCAUGACCAUUGAGGAUGAGAUUCAGGCUCUGUAUGAGUACUGGCAACCUGUCUUUGAUCAUCCUACCCUUUCACCGGGGAAAUGGGAGCUUGUCGAUGGCAUUGAGGUCUCCGAGCAGGAAGUCGAACGGGCUUUGCUGAAGAUACCACCCCGCAAGGCGACUCAACCGGGGAUGGCACCCGGUGCUGCUUGGCACUUCGCUGCGCCUAUUAUUGCUCCGCAUGUUCAUGCAUUCUUGCAGGAUACGUGGAAACCAGGGCCCAUUUCACAUUCGGCAGAUCUCACAGGCUCGUGGCUUCAUUUCCUUGCCAAACCUGGCCGGGUUAUUCGUGGUCCAUCCGAUUUGAGGCCCAUCGCGCUACAGCCUGGGGCAGCCAAGGCACUCAGCGUGCUCAUCAAAACCCGUCUUCAACCGUUUGUCGAUGCGGCGGCCAGGGACUUUCCUCAGUUUGCCUACUUGUGCAAUCGGGGUACUGCGCAGGCCAUCGGCAGGGUCACACAACACUGUUCGGCUGUGCGGGCUGCGGUCAAAGGCCAAUCUCUCACUUUACAUGACAAGUUCGCGGGUGUGCGCCGAUUGCCAUGCUCUGGAGGUUGCCAGUUGGCAGUCGACAUGUCCCGAGCUUUUGAUUCUUGCCCCCGCAAGCUUCUCCUGGCAGCCCUUUGGCACUUCCAGGUGCCCUCGGAUCUCAUCGCUCUUAUCAUGGCGUGGCAUGAGAGCAGUCACUAUGAACUGGGCAAUAUGCAUCGUUCGGACCUCAGCCGCGACAUCUCCUGUACCAGCGGCGUGAAGCAGGGGUGUGUCAUUGCACCCAGUUUGUGGACUUUGUUCACUUGCUACGUAGGAUCCAAGUUCAGUGAGCAUAGGGAUGCAAAGUGGAUUGAUGAUCACUUGACUCUUUUUGCAGACGACUUUCACUUCAAGUGGCAGCUGGAUUCACAGAAGGACUGUCGACGUGUGCUUGAGGACUUGCGUCUGAUCUUUGAGGUACUACAGGAACAUGGUCUCACGAUCAACCCGGCCAAGUCCUCCUUCCUUGUGGAGGUACGCGGACCUGAUGGGGAUGCAUGGCUUCGCAAACAUCGGAUGCGUGAUGCAGAGGGCAAUUGGCAGUUUGUUUGGGACCUGCACCGUCGCUUGAAGGUACCAGUCGUGCGAUCCUUUCGGUAUUUGGGCGUCAUGCUCUCAUAUCACGCCUUUGAAGAUGAGACUUUGCACUUUCGCUUGCAACAGGCCCAGCAACAUCGCAAUCGAUUGGCUCGCACUCUGCAAGGCCGCGGUGGGCUACGGCUUGAACAGCGUAGACGCAUUUGGCUGGUAUGUGUUCAGACCUCUCAACUUUAUGGCCUCAGUGCGGUAGGUAUCACUGACGCGGGCUACAAUCUGUUGCGCAUCCAGACGAUGAAGCAUGUUCGAGCCUUUGCCAAAUCUCCGCGGCACCUUACCCAGGAAUCUGAUCGCUCUCUUUUGGACAGGCUUGGACUCUGUGCUCCGUUGCAGACUUUGAUGCAGCAGGUGGAUGGGAUUUAUCACCGUUUGGAGCAGCCUGAAUUCAGCACGCUUCCAUGUUAUGACAAUGCAGGUCUGCUGGGAUGGUUCCGGGGUAUACGAGACGACAUGCGGCUGCUUGCGGCCAAGACUCUGGGAGACAGCGUUACAUCGGAACCCUCGCUGGAAGCCGGUGUGCAGGAUGUGCCGACUGGGGUGGUGUCCGACCCGCCGGUCCUGCCAGUCAAGACUCACGAGGAACGUGCGCACAAAAAGUUCGCUCCCAAGCGGGUCGUUGCUGACAUUGUCUCCUAUUCUUUGAACGGUCUUCCUACUUGCAAGCUUUGUCGAGCAUCUUUUACGCGCUGGACUGGUCUUCGCAGACACAUUGAGGAAAAUCGUUGUCCUGGUCUUCGGGAGGAACCGGUGCCUGCGUUGCCAUUGUAUGAUGCCGCCGAUGCUUCCGGCUCUCGGCCGUCCCAGGUGACUGCCACAGCUCUGGACUUGGCCGAUGCUGCACAGCCGACUGCUGAAGGUUCGUUGAUGGCACCGGGUCCUGUUGCAGCCUCUACUUCUUCGGGUCCUCCGGACUUGGGUCCUGCUCAGGUCAUGGAGUCUAAGCUCAACGAUGCCAAGCCCUCCUCUGAGGGCGUUGAUGAACUUUUGGGCUCCAUUGACCUUACAGAUACCGGGGGGAUUGGGGAUCAUGAAGCCCGAUCUGCAGUCAGUUUUGACCUUGACAUACCUGUUGCAGCAUGCUCCGACCAAGACAUUCCGGACAGCCAGCUGUUGUCCGUGCUUGAGGAUGAUGAAGUGUGGGACGGCCCUGCUCCCAGUGCCCCGGACCCUUCGUGUGCUGCUGAGAUUUCAGACUCGGAGAGGGAGUGGUACUUGCUUGCGGGAUCGUUCGGGGCUGCCGGCGCUGUGAGCGCGCCCUGUGAGCCUUCACCACCGAGCUUGGAGCCUGAGCACCCUCCGGUGGUCCCGCUCUUGGACAGCACCGCCGAGGACCAGCUGCAGCAGAGUGCAGUGGGACAUAUCCAUAAGCCGGAAGCCUCCGACGAGGACGUUCGCAAUCUUGCUUUGGCCAAACUCAAGGUAUUGAUUACUAGUGACCCCCUUGCCAGUGAGGUGAGUAAAUCCUUGAUUGAUAAGCUUGGAGGUCUUGUCCAAGAGGCUGUGGUAGCGCAGUCCUUCGCAGAUACUUUCCGUGCCAAGGCGUCGUCCACGCUCAAUGGGCAUGCGUGUGCUCUCGCAAGGUUCAGUGCGUGGUGUGCUCGCCAGUCUGCAGAGCCUCUGCGGGCUGACGAAGAGCAUCUAUAUGCGUACUUGUGUGAGAUGAGGUCCUCCAACCGGGGGGCCACAUCGGGAAACAAGUUUCUGCAGUCGCUGACUUUCUUGGAGUAUUCCGUCGUGUUACUCUUCAUGUCGGUCGAUGUGGUCGUUUCUGCGAGGGUUCGGGGCGUCGCUCGAGACAUUGACAUGGCCCUAACCAAGGCGCCGCUGUCUCAGAGGCCCGCGCUCACGGUGGAGCAAGUCGCAGCGCUGGAGGCGCUCAUUGUCAACGACCUGAACGACACUGACGCCUGUGUGCUGGGCCAAAUACUUUUCGCCGUUCACUCAGCUGGCAGGUGGAGGGAUAUCCAGGGAUUGCAGUCGGUGGAGGUCUCAGCAGGUUCCGAGACCACCUUGUUGCUGGCAAACGGUCUGAAGAGCAAGACCACCCAUACGGCUGAGGCGCAAAGGAGGCUUCUGCCGUACGUUGCGAUAUCUACUGGUGUCUCAGGUUACGACUGGGGUGACCGCUGGCUCACUGCUCGCAGGAACGAGGGCCUUCAGUGGGGAGGCGACUUCUGCCUCCCCUCGUUCUCCUUGAGACUUGGGCAAUGGAGCACGGCCCGCAUAUGGGCUCCGGUGAGGCAUCUGCGUACCUUCGGGGGCUUCCUUGAGGCUGUUGGCCUGCCGAACAACAGGGUUUGGGCGAGCCGCUCAGUCAGGAUCGACUUCAGUGAGCCCGAAAGGCUACACCUAGGCCACCACUCCGCCCCGGGCACCCGAUCUAUGCUCGUAUACAGCAGAGAGGCUUACUCCAAGCUUUAUGCCAAGGUCUUAGCGAUGUUCAAAACGAUUGAGGAUGGAUCUUUCAAUCCGGACCUGCCUCCGGCGCGUCGGGUCGAACACCUUGCUGAGGCAAUCAUGGUUGGGAGCUCGCAGGCGUCCAACCUGGGACCGCAAGCCCCAGCCGGGGAGGACAGUGCCUCUUCGGACGAUUCCGAUGCAGGGAUCCUAGAGGGCCACGGCGAGCGUCACGCACCAGACUUAGUGCGGGGGGCGUUCCCGGAUCGUUUCCUCCAGGACAUCGUAGUGCACAGGUUUUCCGGCAUAUCGCAUGUUGUCAAGGACUCCGGCAUGCUUUGGUGCCACAUGCCGGUAAGUUCGAACUACACCCCGCUGGCCGAAGCCGGUCUCGACUCCUCUGCUUACUUCCUCGAGCGGCUCGCCAAGGUUGGUUUGUCGAACGAGUUGAGAGAUGCACUGGCCCGAGCCGGGUACACGACGUUUGGGUCCCUUGCCUUUGCUGUGUCCUCGACCCCGGGCGCGGCAAGCGAUGAGGCUGUCUCCAGGUGGGCAUUGCACCUUGCAGAUCCGCUGCCGAGUGAGCACCAAAUGUCAGUGCUGCGCCGUUUGCUUUUCGAAGCGCAAUCCAUGUCGAUUGCUGAAAUGCGUGAUCGGGUCAACCUGGCCCCAGGCGAGGCCCCCACUCGUAAGUUGCCAAUGAUCGAGCGGGCUGAGACGCUGAAGGCUCUGCGUCGUAAGCUGCCUGGGCUCAUCUUGACCCCCGACACUCUUCCGGCCAACCGUCUGGUAGAUAACUUUGUUGAUCAGCUUGAUUCGGGUGUGCUUACUUACGUGAAGCCGGAUGCAUGCAUCAGCCGAGCACAGGAGAUGGACUCCAAUAAGAGGGAUCCGACCUUGCAGGUACAGGGAAACGAGUUGAAGCUCGCUGCUAAGCAGGUUGAGCUGAAGUGCUCUAUCAGCACUGACAUGCAGCUGAGGCAAGCUUGGACCCGGAGGUCUCUCGCCAUGGAACUUGCUCAGCUUGCCUCGUUCACUGUGUUGGAGACCUGGGUUCAAAGCUUGUUCUCAAGAAUGCAGCGGGGGAAAGGAAAGGGUAAGACCGCAGAUCCGAACCAAGAGGAUGGGAAGGCCCCUAAGUACACCUUGCCCGAUGGGUGUGUUCCCAAGAGCGAGGCGGGGGCCCCCGCGGGUCCUGAGCCUGAGACCUUGCCCGAGGGGGCCGCGUCUCCCAAUCCGAUUUCUCCAGGGGACCUCAGUGGCCCCGAACCACAGGAUGCUGAGAGCUAUGCGCUGAACCUCCUGGCGAAGGCCGAGGUCUCUGCAUCUUCCGUGGCUCAAUUGUCAUUCCUUUUGCCUUGCGAUUCCAGUGUUCGGCCGUCGAGCGGCCCCAACGCAUUCCUUUUCAGCUGCGGUGCCUAUGUCCAUGGGGGAGUCACGGGUGCUUUUGCUAAUACCCGAACCCUGCCUGCCUGCACCCAGCUCCUUGCACGUUUUGCCAAGCAGUUCAUCGGGGACUCUUUUCCAUUCACAUCACUUGUGCUUCUUCGGGACAACCUCACCCACAUGCAUCGUGAUCGCAAUAACACCGGCCUCAGCGCACUGAUCCGAUGUUCAGAUUUUGAGGGUGGAGGUCUUUGGGUCGCCGACCCCAAGGGCUCGUCGUCCAUGCAGUUCGAAGGCAAGGUGCAUCAGGGUACCACUCGCGAGCUUGAGCGCUGCCUGCACUUUGAUCCAUGCAAGCUGCACUGCACGUUGCCCUGGUCCAAAGGCCCUCGGAUCGUCCUCGCGGCCUAUUCGAUUCGAGAUGCGUGUAAACUCCCGAAAGCCGCUGAAAUUCUGGUCAAGAAGCUCAGCUGCUCUGAGAAGGCCAGGCACCAGGCCCUGCCGGAUCAUAUGAAGAAAGUGCUCGCAAGCAAGAACCUUUCGCUCUUCGAGGCACUCCUCAAGGAGCAUGCGUACUGGGAUAUGGGGGUAGUCCAGCUCAUGGAAAAGGGUGUUGACCUCGUUGGGUUUCAGGACACCCCUCCUUGCUAUCCGCAAAAGAUUGUUCCUGCUACCAUGUCCAGGGACGAGUUCCUUGACUCUGCUGACUGGAGGCGGCGGGCUCUCACAACACCCGGCACCAGGGCUCCGGAUGCAGCUCAGCUUGCCCACCUUGAGCAGGCGUGCCAGGAAGAGGUAGACCUGGGAUUCAUGCUAGGACCCUACUCGGAGGAUCAAGUGUCCCAGCUGUUCGGCCACACCUGUUGGUCAUGCAUCCGGAGGUUUGUCUUGGAGCAAAAACCAGGGAAGCUUCGGCCCAUUGAUGAUGCAAAGGAAGCGCUUGUGAACAGUGCCAGCACCUCGACGAUGCGACUCGAACUUGAGGACGCCGACUACCUGUCUGCCAUGGCCCUCGAGGUCGCGCGACGCAUCCUGGCCGACCCUUCCAAACCAGGGGCUGUGCCAUGGGUCGCCAGGUGCCUCGACCUGACGAAGGUCUACAAACAGAUGUGUGUUUCCGAGCGCGACCUGCAGGUCUCGGUGGUCUUCUUCCUUGAUGAACGAGGUAAGCCGAGGUACUACGUAAGCCAUUCGCUGUUAUUCGGGUGCACAUCGUCGGUUUUUGCAUUCAACAGGGUGUCAAAGGCAAUCUCCUUUCUGUUAAACCAAAUGUUGCUUGUACCAAGCUCCGUGUUCUACGACGACUUCCCUCUUCUGUCACCGAGCCCCACAAGUGACAGCGCCACGUGGGCCACAACCGCACUGCUUGACCUUCUGGGCUGGGGUCAUGCCCGCGUGGGCAAAGACACUAAAGGAGUUCCCUUUGCGGCAAGCUUCGAGGUCCUUGGGAUGUCGAUGCAACUUGAUGGUGUUCACAGGGGGCGCCUAACCCUUCAGAACAAAGCCGGACGCAUUGAGCAGCUUGUGUCUUUGUUUCAGGGAUUUCUUGACAGGGGUGCCAUCACGGUGCAUGAAGCGCAAGUUGCCCACGGGCUCUUGAACUUCUCUGCUGGUUAUGUGAAUGGUCGGGCCUUGCGCUUGACUUGCCAGGAACUCCUUCGCUUGACAAAAGCAUCGUGCCCCGCUCCUCCGAAGGCGAUCCGCAGCUUCUGCGUCAACAGCAUUGAGGCCCUCCGGGCGCUAAGUCCCCGUGUGCUCAGUGUGUGGGACAGCCGGGCUCCCAUACACAUCUUCACGGAUGGUGCGUGGGAGCGUGGCCGAGCGGGCAUUGGUGCCGUCAUCUUUGAUACAGCUUCGGGCAAGUCGUGGACUUACGAGGGUCUAGUUCCUGAGCCGCUCAUCCUCCGAUGGGAGGCCGAUGUCGGGACCCAGCUCAUUUGCCAGAUCGAGUUGUACGCUGUUGUAUGCCUCAGAUGGGCCCUGGCCUCCACCUUUGAUCACAGACGCUUGAUUUGGUGGAUUGACAACGAAUCGGCUCGCUAUGGCUUGAUCAACGGCAUUUCGGACAGCGAUUCGGCAGAGGCCUUGACCGUCUGCACCGACAAGGUGGGAAUCGAUUACCCUCUUGACGAAAGCCUCAUCCGGUCGGGGCAAACCGGUAUCGUUUCACGAAUUCCCCCGAUCGGCUUCGCAGCCAAAAAGUCGGGGCAAACCGGUAUCGUUUCACGAAUUCCCCCGAUCGGCUUCGCAGCCAAAAAGUGUCCGAGCGAGAGCGAUUGCAUUUCACAUGCGGACGCGGACGGCCAACUGCGCUCUCUUUUCGGCUUGAUGCCGGCGCUACAGGCUCAACAGGCUCAGGAGGCCGGCAACAACAUGGAAGUGCACAGAACAUCCACCAAACGGAAGGAUCCAGCAACGAACACAACACGCCAAGGCUCGCAGAAGGGCAAAGGCAAAGGGGGGCGCGGCAAGUACGGGAGGGGAGGCAAUCCCUCCCACCAGAAGCCAUCGGGGGAUUCAGAAGACUCUUCGGACUUGCGCAGUCUGGUCCAGCACAUGGGGCGGAUGGUAUUACAGCAAGCGGAAGCGACCAAUCGCAUUUGCUUGGACUCGGGGUUCCUGCUUGUGCUCCAGACACCGCCCCAUCCAGGCAGUGUGACGCGGGCCCUAUGCCAGGUGGGCGAUGCUUGGAAGCUGAAGGCCAAAGAGGCUCCGACAACUCUAACAAUGUCGCUGAAGAUGGCGAUACUCGAAUGUUCCUUGGAGCCCGAGCGUGACGGGGCCCAUGCGGCCAUGAAUCGCGCAUUGGACUCAGUCGAGGGCAUCCAGCCUGGCCCAGUUUUCCAGGUGGCGGGCAUCGGCUUGGCCGAGGGAAACUGGGCUGAGGCUUGGCUAGCUCGCAGGCGAAGGCUUAACCUUGUUGCCACGCACAGCCUUAAGGCUACGCUUCUGAGCUUCAUGGCAAAGGCAGCUGCGUCUGAGAACCUCAGGUCCAUUGCGGGAUAUCAUAUCAGGUCUGCGAAUUCUUCCACUCUUGAGUACUCUCGGGAUUCGAUGGCACCAUCGUUGCAUUUUCUUGAGGGCAUGUUCAUUGCUAUCAAGGGUGGCAUUUUCGCUCCAGAUUCGACCAGGGCCGGAAGGUGGACAGGAGGCAUUCGCUCCAUUGAGGAGGCUCUCCGUUUCCUGUCUGGGGUUCAGCCGGACCCACCAGACGAUCGUCCACCGCCGGCGGACGCGCCGGAAAUCGAACCUGGGGAUCAGUCAGAUCCUGAGUCCGCUGCUGAGAGUAUCGGAACGGAGGGCGAGGCUGAUGAGGCCGUUGCUUCCGCAUUUUUCUUGGGUGAGGAUCUGAACGUGACCAUGCACGGUGAACAUGCUGUGUUCUUGUCAAAGUGCACUCAGCUGGGGCUGCCCGAGGAUGCUCGGGGAAAGCUCAAACGAAAGGGCUGGGCCACUUUCGGCACUUUUGCAUUCUGCGUGCCAGGGGAGCCCGGAAGGAUUCCCGAUGAUGUCUUCAAAACCUCCGUUGUCCAGCCAAUCCUCGGUGAUGGGGGUGAGGAGCAUCAGGCGAAACUUAGGCGGCUCCACUUCGAGGCAUAUGCUUUGACAGCAGCUGAGCUGAAGCGGACGGCCGAGUCCACGGAGUCAGAUCAACCGCGCAAGGUCCCGACGGCAGAGCUCGCUGCUCGUUAUGAUGUGUUGCAAAAGCGCAUUAAGCCUCUCCGGCUUGUGGACCGCUUGGAGCCUUCGCAUGCGCUUGUCAACCUGUCAGCCCAAAUGCUUGAGGAUCAGCGGGUGCGCUACAUUGAGUGGUCGAAGUGUACUAGUCGUGCCCAGGAGAUAAAUCUUGUGAAGGAGGACGCUAGCUUGAAGCUGCUUCAGGGUGGCCGCUCAGGAUCCUUCAAGCUGGUGGAUCCCGGUGCUAAAAUCACUGCUGAUACUAAGUCUGACCUUGAGGUGAUGCAGGCCUUGCGUCGCAGAGGGGUGGCAUAUGAACUUGCUGCCAUCAUGUCGUUCGAGAGGCACGAGGAAUUGAUUGACCGACUGUUCAUGGAGUACCAACGUGAGCCCAUGGCUGGGUUUCAUCCCGUCUCCUUCUCUCAACUUCAGGCUGCGGACAGGGAGGUUCAUGUUCGCAUGGGGGAGCUCACCCGAGCUGGACUUGUGCCAGGGGCGGAUGGCUCCUUGCCGCUUGACAUCCCGGUGUCUCGGGUGCUGGCGGGCUCCCACAUCCAGUGGAUGUUGAUGCCUCGGCAAAAAGGGUCCGGUCCCUUGGGCAGUUCGGGCGCUGGUGAGGCUAAUGAGAAGCCAGACAAGCCACCGCGCAAGCCGCCCAAAAAGACGGAUCCGUCGAAGGCGACGGAUAGGGGUCAGGGCGCCGAUAAGAAUCAGAAGGCUGAUUCCGGUGCAUCGCCGAAUGCGGCUGAUCGACCUGGCAAGCCACGGAAGACUCGCUUCGUCAUGCCAAAGGCGCUCAUCGGUGGGGUCCCCAAGGACGGGGCCGGGCGUAACAUCUGCUUCGAUCAUAACGCCCAGCAGGGAGGCACAACUGGUGGUUACAGGUGGAGACAAGUGGCACGCAACAACAUUAGGCUGUUUGAGGAGAUCAUGCAGAAUGGCCCGAGGUCCUGGCUUCGUGAGGUCCAGUGA